CAUACGCCAAAAGUGAAUUUUUCCGACAAUCCUUACUUCGAGACAAGUUUUGAUUUCUACGACUCUCAGCUUUUGACAGCUAUCCACGAUGGAAACACCCUUGCACAUAGGUUUUUCUACAUCCUGGCUCUUUGCCACACUGUUAUGCCGGAGAUGAAUGAUGGUGUCCUUGAGUAUCAGGCCCAGUCACCUGACGAGGGAGCUUUGGUCGGUGCUGCCAGGAACUUUGGUUUCGUCUUUAAG